CCAGAUCAGCUGAACGAACGGUCUGGCCUAUCUGCCUGCUGCCAGCUAGUACUCUAGGCAUAACGUCGGCGGCAUCUAUCUGAUAUCGUCGUGAUGCGAAUGCGGGUCGUCCAACGCGGGAUGUCGAAAAUUGGAUAACGUCGCACGACACGAUACCACGACAGAGAGUGCAAAAGAUUUGCUGGUUGAUUCCAAUCGUAACCGUCGCCGCGGAUAGACGUGCUUUUGUUCUUGUUCUCCGGUCGAAUAUCGCGCUCUCUGCCGUCAGAUCGGAACGGUGCAGGUGUUGUACAUUUGUCAACAAAUUUAAUCUCGGUUGGAACAGUUUGGUGGAUGAUUUUUCGUUUCGGAAGAUUCCAACCCGGAAGAGGAACAACUAGUGAAGUGGUUUUGUGUUUGAAUUAAAUCGGUCGAUCUUCAGUUGUUGAGUUCUGAAUAACGCGGCUGAACGUGUGAUUUUUUUUUCGAGUGGCUCAAUAGUUUGAAGUCCCACAAACGAAAAGUGUUUGGUGUGUCCAUUGUUAGUGCAAUCCAACGAGAAUCGGAACUUCUCCUAAAAAAUCUAUAGCAUCUAAGUUUUGUUAGUGUUUUGCCCUUCACUGUGAGCUUUUCGGGAUUAUCCGGGAGCAGGCAGUAGCCUGCUAAGAACUGACAAAAUUUUUACCGACGGAAAUAAGCUGGGUUCCGCCACAGCGGGUCGUGGAAUGUUUUGCUAUCACUGUCCCCCUUCGCUGCAUCCGGCCGGUCCACAUCCGCCGCGAUUACCGACGCUAGAGUACCCGUUCGCUCCGACACAUCCCUACACCAGCUAUUCGUAUCAUCCUGCCAUCCAUGACGAAAGUUUCGUCAGAAGAAAACAGAGGAGGAACCGAACUACCUUCACCUUGCAACAGCUCGAAGAACUGGAGACUGCCUUUGCCCAAACACACUAUCCGGACGUAUUCACCAGGGAGGACUUGGCCAUGAAGAUAAACCUAACGGAGGCCAGAGUGCAAGUCUGGUUCCAGAACCGGCGGGCCAAGUGGCGCAAGGCAGAAAGGCUGAAGGAGGAACAGCGGAAACGCGGUGAUGGGUCUGAUCCGCAGUUAUUGAAUGAUAAGCUCGAAACAGAUAGUCGAGAUUCUAGCCCGGAUAUCACCGGUGACCCAGAUGAUGAUGAUAUGCGUAGCUCCAGUGCUCCACCGCUGAGUCCAAGAAUGGACUCGGAACCGGAAAGACCCCACUCGACUACUCAGCUGCACUCGAUGACGCAAUCCGGCUCAAACAGCGCAGGAACGCCGUCCCCUGGUUUAAAAUUCUCCCAGCAGUCAGAACUGAGUCCGACGCCUUCCAUGUCGGCCGAUUCGCCUAUCGAAGUUGGUGGGCCAAUUUCGUUAACAACAUCGACACGUGCUUCAACGGAGGAUUCCAGCCCGCUGCCAGCUCUUACCAAUAAUAGCAACAACAACAAUAAUAACUCCAGCAACGGUCCGAGUUCGACUGGAACGGUUAACGGCACUCCCAGCUUCAGCAGUCAUCUCUUCGGAAGCUUCAGCGAGAGCAAUGGAGGAUUUCGACCGGUUUUGGACAAUGGACAGCCAAGAACUACGCCUCCACUUUUUCUUCCUCCGCACCUUGCUUCACUUGGGUCUCAAUUUGCGCCUCCACUGUUUCCAAAUCUCAAAGCCGCCUUUCCCAGCUUGUGUUCAUGUUGUCCGGUGAAGUCUCCCAUCUCAACCGGAUGCUCGACGGCCAGCUCGUCAUCCAGUUGCACAACUCUGUCGCACUCGAUUGCCACGGCUGGCACCACUGCCACUAGUAGCAACAGUGGAAAUCCCGACCCGCGCUCGUCCUCCGUAGCUGAGCUCCGACGAAAAGCCCAAGAACAUUCGGCUGCUUUAUUGCACUCGUUGCAAGCCGCCGCAGCUGCCGGAUUAGCUUUCCCAGGUUUUCAUCUGCCACCCUUGUCGCUGCACUCGGCCCUCAGCGGUGCUCGUAAGCCAACCGAUUUCAUCAGUGAUCUCUCGAUGCAUCACCAUUUGAGCAAUCAUGCCGCAGGAUUGACCGCUCUCGGUGGCAAUCCAAAUCUGAACAACAACAGUCCGAAUAGCACCAACCACAACAACCCCUCAAACGUGGGCGGCGCGUCACCCGGCAGCAGGCAUAGUGGUGACAAAUCCAUCAGUGAUUAAGGGAUACAAACGGCCGGUUCAAAGCAAUUGUGAUGAUGAGAAUGAUGGAUGAUUAGUAGUGUCGAAAAAAAUAAUGUAAAUACUUAAUUACCACUAACUGGUAAACGGCAGCCUCCUCCCAUUCGUACAGAUCCGAAACGUACUGUUUAAUGCGAAUUAGUGACUAGUAAGAGUAGCGUUUAUUCAUUGCAAUAACACUUAGUAUUAUAACAUUUGUUCAUUCCCAUGAUCCGUCAUAAUUAAUUACUUAAAUUGAUUUAUUACUGUGCAAAUACCACUAAAUAAACAACAUUGGUAGCCAAAGGGCAGUUAUUGGAAGAAUAUUCAGUGAAAACCGGAUUGUAGGUUCAUUCUGUAAAACUAAGAAGAUUUAUGUAAAUAUCACAAUUAACACGUAAAAGCACAAGCGAAACAGAAUCAAAACUAGCAGUUAUAUAACAAAGAAAGGUAGUAGAAUUAGCGGAAGCGAUGAUGAUAGCUGUGAAUGAAGGUUUUGCUUGACGAACACCACGGAGUGUAUGUUCAAAUAAUUAGCUAAAAAGGACGAUUGCGGUCAUGGAGAUAAUAAAGGAACACACCCUCUGAUGUAACUA